AUGAACGGCUACGGCUCCCCAUACCUGUACAUGGGCGGCCCGGUGUCGCAGCCGCCGCGGGCGCCCUUGCAGCGCACGCCCAAGUGCGCCCGCUGCCGCAACCACGGCGUGCUCUCCUGGCUCAAGGGCCACAAGCGCUACUGCCGCUUCAAGGACUGCACCUGCGAGAAGUGCAUCCUCAUCAUCGAGCGGCAGCGGGUCAUGGCCGCGCAGGUGGCGCUACGCCGGCAGCAGGCCAACGAGAGCCUGGAGAGCCUCAUCCCGGACUCGCUUCGGGCCCUACCCGGCCCCCCGCCCCCGCCGCCCGGCGACAGCGGCUCGGCUCCCCAGCAGCAGCCGCCGCCGCCGUCUCAACAACAGCCUCAGCCUCAGCAGCAGCCGCCGCAGCCGCCCCGUCCAGCCGAGCUGGCCGCAGCCGCUGCCGCCCUGCGCUGGGCCUCCGAGCCGCAGCCUGGAUCGGGGCUGCAGGGGCAGCUCUCCAAGGCAGAUAUGACUGAAGAGCGCCUAGGAGACAGCAGUGCGGCCGACAAUGCUGAGGUCUACAGUGACAAAGACGCAGACCAGAGGAGCUCCCCAGAUGUGACAAAAAGUAAAAAUUGCUUCACCCCAGAGAGCCCAGAAAUCGUGUCAGUGGAUGAAGGUGGCUAUGCCAUUCAGAAAAAUGGCAGCACCACUGAAAGCCGGCCUGAGAGUCCCAAGUACCAUUCUGAGCAAAAUCACCUCUUGAUUGAAGGCCCAUCGGGAACUGUUUCUCUGCCGUUCAGCUUGAAAGCCAACAGGCCGCCCUUGGAAGUGUUAAAAAAAAUAUUCCCCAACCAGAAGCCAACAGUGCUCGAGCUGAUUCUGAAGGGCUGCGGGGGCGACCUAGUGAGUGCGGUCGAGGUCCUCUUAUCCAGCAGAUCAUCAGUCACUGGAGGGGACCGAACUUCUGCUGAAUCAGAAAGUCUUGUUUUGCCUUCCAACGGGCACAUUUUUGAGCACACGUUGAGUUCCUACCCCAUCUCCUCUUCCAAGUGGUCUGUGGGGUCUGCCUUUAGAGUUCCUGACACACUGAGGUUUUCCACUGAUUCCAGCAACGUAGUGCCCAAUCCUUUGGCAGUUCCCUUGCAGCACCCCUUUCCCCAGCCGCCCCGGUACCCCUUGAUGCUGAGGAAUACUUUGGCAAGAAAUCAGUCCAGCCCCUUUUUGCCCAAUGAUGUCACCUUGUGGAAUACCAUGACUCUGCAGCAGCAAUACCAGCUGAGGUCUCAGUACGUCAGUCCUUUCUCCAGUAACUCUACCAGUGUCUUCCGGAGUUCUCCCGUCCUCCCCACUCGCACGCCUGAAGAUCCUCGGAUCUCAAUCCCGGAUGAUGGAUGUCCGAUUGUGUCAAAGCAGCCUAUUUAUACAGAGGAUGACUAUGAUGAAAGGUCUGAUUCCUCAGACUCUAGAAUACUCAACACGUCCUCCUAA